AAAUUUGACUGAUAAGUGAUUUGACAGUCGAGUGACGAGUACUCGAGUAGUCGAGUGUGAAAUUUAAAUGUAAACUUUGAAGUUGGCUGUAGCCUGUAGCGACCAAACAAGUUUUACUUAUAACUCCAGGCAAUACUGACUACUGACACUACAUUUUUGUAAAGGUAAAAAAAAUCAUUCAAAACAAUGAAAUCUUACUGUCUGCAAAACGGGAAAUAUUUGGGUGUAUCCUAUUUUACAAAUAUCAAAAAUAUAAAAUGGCUAAAAGACAACAUGAGUUCAAUUUUCAAAGAUAAAUCGCCAGUGUUAAUUAGCCGCAGAUUGAUUGUCGAUCCAUUUCAGAUUGUAGUUGCUGUGAAUAAUGCUUACUUGACCAGUGAUAACUCCUGUAUGAAAACUAAGUCCCUUGCUAAUGAAAUUUUGUUCAAUUUAUCAAGUUCAAAAAAUAUCACACAGUCGUUGAAAGAUACAAGCGCUAAUGACCAGGAUGAUGACAUGAUAGUUGUAAUUAUAUCAAAGUACUCCAAUGUUCCUGAAAUGAAAAUAUUUCAAGAAAAAUGUAUUACGGGAUGUGAAACAAAUAUAUCAAAAAUUGCAGAAAAUAUUGAUGAAAAUUUUAUAAAAUCUUAUUAUAAAAUAAGUCAAAUAGAAAGCGGAAACUCCAGUCUACUUGAUUCCAUUGUUACUAGAAUUGCUUGUAAAACUCUAACUAUGUAAAACUAAAAGUUAGAAUAAUUACAAUUUCAUUAUGUUUCUUUAA